AAAAUAGACAUUUACAAGCAAGUAAACAUGUAUGGAGUAUUUGAAAUCGUUUACUUUCGGCUGUGUACGCUCCUGGGUGGAGCCAAACCUCACUUUUUGAUAUCUAUUGAUAGAAAGGCGAUGUGUUCGCUCAAUUGGUUGAGAACUGGCCGUGAACGCAUACUCUCAGCUAUUCGUGGAGUUCAGUAUUCUUCUGUAAGACAUGCGUCGGACGCUGUGUCUGGUGGCGUUCACAUCUCACGUCUUGGAAGCAGGGGUGUUGUGCAAGUAGCAGGAGAGGAUUCUAUCUCUCUGCUUCAAGAUCUCAUUACCCAUGACAUGGUCAACUGCUUCUCCGAACGACAGCAUACCAACUAUGCUCACUUUCUUAACGUGCAAGGUCGAAUUCUAUGUGACACUCUCAUACACCGCUCCAGCAAUCAGACCUACUUGGUUGAGUGUGAUGUUCACAUAAAGGAUGAUCUUAUUGCUCACAUCAGAAAGUAUAGACUACGGAAGAAGGUUGAUGUUGCUGAUGUCAGCUCGGAGUACGACAUUGUAUCUGUUCGGGGCAUCGACCAAUUAUUUGUUUCUUUGGAUGAAGUAGUUAUUUACAGUAUUGAUCCACGUGUGAAAGAUCUCGGGUUGAGGGUAGUCGUUUCUGGUGGUAUGGAUGUUAGAAAACUUCAUCCUUCGGCCAUCGAGUCGGAUGAAGUUGAGUAUCACAAGUUGAGAUGCAGACUGGGAGUAUGUGAGGGCAUCGCUGAUGUACCGCCUGGGAAGGCUCUUCCUUUUGAAUCGAAUGUAGAUUACAUGAAUGGAAUCAGUUUUGGAAAAGGUUGCUACUUGGGUCAGGAGCUCACUGCAAGAACUCAUUUUACGGGAGUUACAAGGAAACGGAUUGUUCCACUGGAGCUUACUGAUAAAGACGCUAGCUCAUUGGUACUUCUCCCAGAGUCUGUUAUCAUCAGUAGUCAGGGAAAAUCUGCUGGCAAAUUGAGAAGUAGAAUUGAUCAAUUUGGUCUGGGCUUGCUUCGUUUGUCGUAUAUUAAUGAUGCUCUAAUAGUUAGAGAUAGCAAUGGAAAGUCGAUAGACUUGAGGUCUCAUCAGCCUCAUUGGUGGCCGUCAGACAAUGAUAGAGACGUGAACACUACAUAACACUCUGAAUACAUUGACAAGCAAGCUGAUAAACAAAAUGAUUCUAGUCAUUUGUAACAUAUUUGCUGGUUUGCAUCAUGCAUAUUAUUAAUAUUGUUCAUAGGACAUGAUUGCAGCUCAACUGUGAUUGAAUCAAUAUAUUUGUAUUGUAGAA